AAACACCAGUAACAAUGGAAUCACGGAAGCCUGACGAAGGUUCCAAACAGCACUCCAGUUUACAUUUGUCAGACUGCUCUAAAAUAACUUCUAUGAUAACAAGAGCUAGGAACAACAUUACAUAAAGGAAACUAUGGGAUGUGGGCCGAGUCAAGCUCUGACCACGGAACAUCGAGAGCCGAUUAGAGAACCUUUAAAGCAUACUGUGUCCGAGCCAGGUAAUCAUUUAGAAUCUCAAACUACUCAAGCACACAUAAACAUGACAUCAACACAAAACACGAAGUCGACAGCCGUUAGCGGUAAACCAAUUCAUAACGAAGGGAAAAACGUGGCUAUCUCUUUCCAUUCAAGAAAUUACGAGAAAGCUAAGGAAUUGGGUGAAUUGUUGCGUGAUAAUGGUUACACGGCGUUCUUGAUAUCCGAGGGAAGUCCACUGGCGCUUGCACUACGUGAACAAACUGUGUCAUGGUGUGACUUAUUCGUGAUGGUGGUCUCGUUCAAUUACCAGCGAGCACCGUACUGCACCGAGUUAGCGAACUACGCCAAAGACAAGAAGAAGCCUGUCGUGUCAGUCAUAAUCCAGCAUAAUUACUCUCCCUCGGGCUGCACUGGGGCUAUAGCUAAAGCGUGGGGGUCAGCCAUCACACAGCUGUCAACCACCCAGGAAAACAUGCAAGAGUUCUUAGAUGCUGUCAAGGAGAAACUGUCAGGUGUCGAAGCCAGCUCUGUUGCCAUGCCAACCCAUGAUAAGCCUGAAGGGUCUGCUUUGAAGACGGAGAAGACGGGAGGGUCUGGUGUGUGUAUUUCUUACCACCCUGAUGGACAGGCUAUCGCUGGACUUGUGCGACAUGGUAAAGGGGUGUCCAACUAUAAUGCCCAAGCCAACUCGAUGUCAAGUCAGGGUGUUGUUAUGGGUGAUCCUAGUGACUCUAAUCUGGAAAAGAUCAAGGCCUGCAGUGUCUUUGUUCCAAUUCUAACGCCCGGUUUCCAGGAGUCUUCCAAACACCAGCAAGAGUAUGAAUUUGCUCGCGCGAAUCAGAAGCAAAUUAUUCCAGUCAAAGGAGCCAAAUUCUGGCCCACUGGCUGGCUAGCUGUAGGAAUCGCAGGAAAGCUUUAUUACGAGAUGCUGGGCCAGCAGCAGGCAUACAAUCCUUAUCCCAAUGUUCCUGACAGUACACCCAUGAAUGACUUCAUAUUUGCCGUUAUGACGGCACUGGAAGGUGAAAAGACAGAGGAGGAGAGAGAGAAGGCCGAGAUUCAGGUGUUGACCAAGGAGUUAGAGCAAUAUAAAUCAAAACUGCACUCCUUUCCCCCUCCCCCACGUGACAAAUCAAAAGAAGUGUGGGUCCCCCUACCUUCACCAGAGCAGCUACGCACCAACGACACGGAAAACUUGCGCUUCAUGCAAAUUAAUUACACCAUCACACGUAUGACGUUUGCCCCGCCCAAGCCUCUGUUUGACAAGUAUGGCCUACCCAUAGAGCAAAAGUUUGACAUCAUGCUGUCAUAUAACUGGGGGAUUCAGUCCUUUGUGCGAGAGGUCUACAUGGAACUCAGCCAACAGACCUUCCAGACAUGGAUGGACAUUUGGGGAGGUAUGCAGGGGAAUAUCAAUGAAGCCAUGGCAACCGCUGUGGAAAACUCAACAAUGCUUGUCGCCUUUUUGACUGAAAAAUACCAACAAUCCGUCAACUGCAACUUGGAGCUGAAGUAUGCCACAAUGAAGGAGAAGCCUAUCAUCUUCAUCAAGGCAGAGAAGGAUCUGGUCCUGAAAGACUGGAUACAGCAACUGGUUGAUAAAAGUGUUGUGUUUGAGAUGAGCAGCUCAGGCGACUUCAAGGUGGAAGACAAGGGCGUCCCAAAGGCCAAGCGUUUAGGUGAAGCUGCAAGGAAUAUUGUACAAUGGGCAGCUAAACAGCCUAAGCUCAUUCGUAAGGAUGUAUCUGAAGAAGUUUACAAGCUGCAAGAUAUGUUGGAAGAUGCAAGGUGUGCAUUUGCCGACCAAGAAAGCCGAAAAAGAUUUGAGACCUGCACUAGAUGUGAGGCACGCUUCGACCCCACAGUGGACAAGUCUGGCUGUAAGAGGCAUAGAGCGUACUACAUGGGGGGUAACAUCAUUGCUGGAAGAUGGGUAUGCUGCAGUCAAAGAGGAAAGGCUACCCUAGGGUGUGAGCCCUGUGACCAUUUUACCACCCAAAGAAAAUGGGAGGAAAUGGCAGGCUUUGGAGGGUGCUUUCAAUUUAAUCCUAAGUAAAUUUUUUGAUAUACUACCAAAAGGACACUCUCAAAUAUGUUAAAAUAGUUGAUACUUGAAAACAAAAAAAUAGGGAAUUCUAUUGCAAAUUAAUAAUCUAGGGGCGUUUAUAUAAAAAUUUUAAAUAAG